AUGGCGGUGCCACCCGUCAACGAGACUAAUGAGGAGCGCAUUGUCCGACUGGCAAUGGAGCGUGACCUCGGUAUUGACCGCGUUGAGAACCUUCCUGCAGAAGAUGGAGAAAAGAAAGGAAUCAGGUAUUCCCGCGCUGCCGCAGAUGCGGUCAUGGCUGGUCCUGCUGUGCGAGCAGAAACUAACGCCGUAUGGCUAAUAACCAACUUACCAUUAGGUGCCAUCAAUGCGGGUGAUUUCGAUGACGAUGACGCAGAGGGGGUCAAGGGUCUGAGUACAAUGGCUCAUGGUCGACUUCACGCCAUUCGAGAAACAACCAAUAGCGCUCCACCUCCGGCAUCUUUGCCCUCGGCUGCUCAGUCAUCAUCGAAAGGUCGUGCUUCCCGGAAACCGGUGCCAUAUAUCCCUAACAAUAACACAAUCAAGCCUCCUCCUGGGUUCGAAAAUGCUCGUCGUAACAUCAAGCCUCCUCCUGGAUUCGAGAAUGCUCAUCAUAUCAAGCCUCCUCCCGGGUUUGAAAAUGCUCACAAUAGCGUCAAGCCUCCUCCCGGAUUCGAGAACGCUGGUAAUAAUAUUGCCAGUCAGAAGCCCAAGGGGCCGCAGAAUGUUCCUUCGCCAACCAAUGGAGCCCCUCGUGCGACUGCUACUAAGGCCGCACCCCCAGGUCUUACCAAUAAGGCUGGGCGGCAUGCACCGGUGCAGAAAAAGUCACAACCAAACAAAGGACAGCGUAACACCCAGCCCGCCAGCUCAAGCCCUUUGAGAAACUCGUCGUCGUAUCAGUUAGGUCCCACCAAACCGCCAACCACAUCUCAACUGAGUAAUAUUGUCCUCGACGAGAGCGUUCUCUGCCUCCAGGGCGAAACCAUACUGUACCGUGACGUUGCUUUCUUACACCAGCAGGCCGGCAAAAAACCGCUUCCUUCGAGCGUCCUCUGGCUCGCACGCCGUGAUGUGGUAGAACCGAUGUUCAUUGUCGUUGUUGACAAUGCUAUUAUGCAUGAGUACCCGCUGUCUUCCUGGAAGACUAGCUGGGGAACUGCACCUGAUCGCGACAUCAAGUUCAGAGACAGCUUGGGCAUCGAAUCUACCAUCCGCCUGACAUUUAUCAAUCAUAAUGCGGUUUCUCUUUUUGUAGAGAAGCAAGAUGAGCUGGCAGCGGAGCUCAAAACAUCAAGCACUAUGCAAGACGGCAGCGCGAAACCAAAUCAAACGACCCGCACACAUAUUCCUACAACGACUGAGAGUCAUCCACACACACGUGCGGGAACUCCAACAAGCUUGGAUCCUUCAGGGGCCACAAAGGCUGUGAUGACUACCAAUGGAACCAAAGCUGCUGCCCCAAGCCAAUCUUCGUCCCAGAACAGGGCUCCAUCUGCUGCACUUAAAAGCAGUCCAGAGUUUAGGGGUUCAAGGGCAGCAAGUCCAGCCGGCGCAAAUGGAGCAAAUCAGCCAGAUGCUCAAUCACAAGCCAGUGACUUUUCCACAUGCGUGCCUGGCCUUGCCAAAGCGUCACUCUCUUCCAGUGAUAUGGGCGGUCGGCUCAUCCAGAUUGAUGAUGAUACGACGUUGGCAGUACGGGGAUCCUCAGGGGCCCCGCGAUCUUCUGCUCAUCCACAGGAGCCGCAUCGCUUAUAUCCAAACUUCCCUUCCAACAGCACUUUGGUGCUAUACAACGACCAAGCACACAAAACAGCAGCAGUUGAUCAAGCAGUGACAUCUGAUUCCGUGAUUGCACUGUGCCAGGCAAUUACUAUUCAAGUGGAACAACUGACACAGCUACAUGUGAGGACAAGCAGGAAAGCCCGCGAUGGUGUUCGCCAGCGUCUUCAGGCUGGCCUCUCGAAGUCCUUCGAAGGUAUCGAAGAUCCCAAGAGGGGUCUGGUCAUUUCCACUCUCAUGGUUCUCUUCGAUGCGGCCACGAGCCACAAUGGACGCCGGUACUCGGCGGACAAGAUGUAUGACUUGCGUUCUGAUGCCGAGCCACCACGGGGUCAUGAUUACGAGCAGGCACGCAAAGAAAUGCGUGACCUAGGGGUGAUGAACCCGUUAAGGAGGCCCAAAGACCCCAAUUUGCAGGUUGCACAGGUAGCAGCCAAGCAAACUGAGGAUAUACCGAGCCUUGAAAUUGAGAGCCAAGCCGAACCUACCAGUGCAUCAGUCGAUGCCGAGUCAAAUGUAACCUCGGCCUCGUUUCCUGCAGCUGCUGGCGUCCGUAUGGUUGCUCAUUCGGGCCAUCAGAUUACACCAGUUGAUACGAAUGCCGUUAAAGUUGACAUCAAUGACGUUGUGCCCUUCAAUGUUGUCCCUGCCCAAGCUUCAUCUCUAAGAGGGCGAUCCAGUCGGUCGAACUCUGUGAGUUCACAAGUAACGCAGGGCGGUACUCGCCGCGUGGGACUUGCCAGCUCCAGGUGGGCAUCAGGUGCUGCUCCUCCAAAUAUCCCUAUCUCUGCGUCACCAAUAAGCAGCAGUCCGAUCGCUAACACAUCAGCCAUCGAUUGCUUACCCUCGGUCACUUCGGUCCGUCCAGCAUCAGGAUCUAACUCACUCAUGUUCAGCUCUCGGUUCGCAGAGUGCAUUCCCAGGACUAGCGCUUUGUUCGACCUUUCCAGCCUCGAAGGAGGUGGCGGUCAGUCACGGUUUUCAAGUGUAGAGUCUGAUAGGUCUGCGGCUGACUCUACUGCUACUGUUAACGCGUUAUUUACUCAGCUUUCAUUGCACAGUCCUGCUACAGAUGAACACCAAGCCCCGAAACCGCGCUCCUUAGGCCGCGGCGUCAGAAACAUAAACAUUCCAGUCAGUGAAAGCGGGCUGCGCCAUUCAGACAUUACUUUGAUCUAA